AGCUGACGCCGCGACGGCCGCGUGACGCGACGCGUCGAUACCGCGCGGCUCGCGCACGCCAGCAUCCACCGGCUAAUGCCACUGCCCGCUGCCCGACUCCCGAGACACCGACAGUAGUGAGCAACGUGUUGCCCGCUCGUGCGUGCACCCCCGUGCCGCGAUUACCGACCAGAUGAUGGUUCGUCGCAGCGGUAGAUACACGGUCAAUUGGAGAGGUUUCAAAGACUUGGCAUUUGGGAAUAAACCGCCUGACGAAGAUACAGAUGAAAGAAAACCGGAAGAAGAUUUAACAAAUCACGAGGUCAUAUUCUUAAAAAGUAUUGUUGAAAGUCCAGAUUUUAUCAGAAAAAAUGAGUAUACAGAUUCUGAGGAGGACUUGGUCGUAAAACCCGUCUCCCUUGGUAACGUAAACAUAAUAAAAUCACUUAGCGAAUAUCGAGGCAAUAACAUCCGUACUAUAGAGCAAGCCGAAUUAGCUAUACUGUUAUCCAGAGUACAUUUUAAGGCAUUAAUAGAAGCACAUGAUCAAAUAGGCAAAAUCUGGUUGGACAGAGGUUCCGGUAUUGAUGAGAAAGCAACAGUAAAGGAGGAUAGUAAAGACACGGCUGAAGGUGAGGAACCUGACGAAAACGGAGACAUGCCUGUAGAGACUGUCAAAGUUGUGGGCCUCAGGAAAGUGCCAGGAAAACCGUUGGGAUUAACUGUAACCACAGAUGAACAUGGCCAGCUUAUAGUAGCAAGAAUAUUGGCUGGCAGUCCUGCAGCUAAACAGGCAUUAGUGUCAGUUGGUGAUGUUUUGUUAGAAGUAGAUGGAGUACAGAUCGAUUCAGAGGAUCAGCUUAAAGAAGCAGUUGCUAAAGAUACUGACAGAGUCACAUUGAAAGUUGGACCUAACCUCAAAGAAAAGACCAAUCAAUUGACAAAUAAACUUAGUUGCUACAUGAGAACACUUUUUGACUAUGACCCAAAAGAAGAUACUCUCAUCCCAUGCAAGGAAAUUGGCUUGGAAUUCAAAAGAGGUGAUAUAUUACAGGUGUCAGACAGAAAAGACCCUAACUGGUGGCAGGCAAGUCACGUAGACAAUCCAGAAAAAGUGGGUCUCAUACCAUCGCCGGAGCUAGAAGAAAGGCGCAAAGCAUAUGUACCACCGGAGGCUGAUUUCGUUCACAAAAUCAGCAUUUGUGGCGCGCGGAUAUCCAAAAAGAAGAAGAAGUUCGUUUACGAAUCACGAUCCAGUGUGCAACUAGAGGGCGCGGAACUCGCUUUGUACGAAGAAGUUGCGCGGACGCCACCGUUCUUGAGACGAAUUCUGGCACUAGUGGGGACGCGCGGUGUCGGUCGUCGCACACUCAAGAAUCGCAUGAUACAAGAACACCCAGAUAGAUUCGGGGCUGUGGUACCUCAUACAUCGCGGCCCCCUCGUCCGAUGGAAGAAAACGGGCAAUCAUAUUGGUUCGUAUCGCGCGAAGAGAUGGAACGCGACGCCCACGCCGGCCGCUUCCUGGAGUACGGCGAGCACAACGACCAUUUGUACGGGACGCAUCUCGACUCGAUACGCGCCGUCAUAAAGGAAGGUAAAAUGUGCGUGUUGGACUGCGCACCGCAAUCGCUGAAGCUACUGCACAACAGUAGCGAGUUCCUGCCGUACGUGGUGAUGUUGGCAACGCCGGGGAUCGAACAGCUGCGCAACCUGACGUACGCAUCUAACCGGAACCUUACCUUCGACCGGCAGAGCUCCAUCCGCUACAGCUCGCGACGCGCACGCACGCUCGAGUCGCUCGCAUCGCUCUAUGAGGAGGAGGAUAUGAAGCAAACGUUAGAAGAGAGUGCCCGCAUACAGCGCCAGUACGAAAAGUACAUCGACCUAGUGAUCACGAAUAAUAACAUGGACACUACGUACUCUAAAAUAAUGGACGCUCUUCACUCGCUCUCUACCGACCACCAGUGGGUGCCUGUCAGCUGGAUUUAUUAACUUGAAAUUAAUUCUUAAUAUUUAGUAUAUACGGAGCAGUUGCCAACGCCGACGCGAAAUUCGACGCUUAUUAAUCCAUUUAAAUGAUGCUCAUAAUCGAUAUUUUUAACAAUCGGACUACAUUUGCGUCAUAUGACAUUAAUUAUUUAUUUUAUUUUUUAUCUCAUUAUUUCACCUAAUAUAUAAAAAUAUGCAAUAACAAUUAUAAAACAUAAAAUAUAGUAAGAUAUAGUGUAAAUCAAUAUUUUCACUUAAUACAGGUGUAAAAACACAUAAUGUGAUUGUAACAUGGAAUUAGGCAUCAACUCGACUGACAACAAUAUUGUCGUGGUAAAAAAAAAUAUUGAUUACUAACGCAUUGUAAUGUUGGCUGCAUAUAUGUAACAGCAAAAUUGAUAAGAGAGUAUAAUUAUAACAUUGAACCAAUCUAAAAUUUUGUAUUUUGUAUCAAAUUAAAUUAAUUAAAAUUUAAAUUAUAUUAAAUUAGAAUUCAGUAUUUAAACAUCACAUUAAACGCAAAUGCAGUCCCAACACAAGAGCGAUGUAUUUUAGUAAGGGACCUUAGUCCCAUAUGAACCCCAAAAUGGCUCUGCUCUGUUCGGCAGCUAUUUUAUAUAGAUAUAAGUGUUCACAGUCUUCCCGCACUAAAUUAGUAAAUUAUUAUAUUAGGAAAUAUUAAAUUUGACUUAUUAGAACUUUGCAAAUAUUAUUUCUAUGCUAUCUGUACGAUGUUUCAAAAGAUUUACUCCUCUCAUCUCACAUUUAUUGCUCAAAUGUAAACAGUACACGUUUUAAGAAUCAACUGAUUUAGUAAAUUAGUAAAUAUAAUAGUAACGCCAUUAAAUUUAAAACUGUCAUUAAUAUUUAUAGGUCAUUAAUAAGUAUCUACUAUAAUUUUGUUGUCUUGCCAAUCUAAACUUUUUUUCAUUUUAUAUUAUUAGAUGUAACCUAAUCUGUAUCUACGCAACGGAGUGCUAAAGCAUGUUGCUUCGCGUAAUAAUUGGUCCUAGGAUCGCUACUCGGUCAGACCAAUUUAGGAAUUAAUAAACGUUUUUAAAAUUUAAAGGUUCAAUUUCGAAUGUACUGUAUUGUGCCUAUAGAUAUUUGCCAUCUGAUUUCUCAGCAUAGGAUAUCCUAAUUUAAGAACUAGGCAAUGGGUGUUCAAUAUCAAAUCUGAUAUACGGCGUUUAACGUAAAGGUUUAUUAUUAGUACGAGAAGUACAGCGAUAGACAAAUCUAAUCUACUAGUCGAGUCUAAGAGACAAAAGUUUUAAUUUUUUUUUUUUUUAGAUAAUCCAAGGGACAAUGUUAUUUAGUAGAAGGAUUUUUUUUAUAUAUUUCGGCCUUCUGACCAUCUUUCGAAAUCUUACACCCUUUCCUAUUACGCCUGUGUAAUCUAAUACCUAAAUACAAAUAAAAAACUUGUCCAUAUGAGGCAUGUCAAGUCAAUGAUACAACCGAAAAGUGUACUGUACUGUUUAGAAUUUAUUAUAAUAUAAGCUUAGUGCGGGUUUUUUAGAAUACAUUAAGACAAACUUUUAUUAGAUAUAAAAUAAGGAGUAAGUGAAUUAUAUUAUACAAUAAAACUUAUUUGCGUCUACCUACAAAUUAAAAUGGUACCCAGUAGGUGUGCGCGAAGAGUAAAGAAAAAUCACUCGAGAGGUACAAUAACUAGUAAAAUAAUGGCUACUAGAACUAAAUCUGUUGAUCUUAAAUUAAUGUUAACGUUAUUUUAGUAUAUAAUUAAAUUACCAAUUUAGAAAAUUAUUGGACUAAAUAGAUCUUAUUGUAUUGAAUUAAGUACCAUUCAAUACCAGCUAACAAUUUAAAUUUUUCUUCUAUUAUUGCUAUAGCAAUCAAAUUUGUAUUUGAAACAAUUGAAAAAGUUAUUUCCAUAUAUUUAAUAUACAAUUGGAUUCAUUCUAAUAAAAUAUAUGUUUCUAAUAUGAGCUUAUUUAAAGCUUGAGCAGUGCAGCGAUAGUGCAGUAUUUUGAGCUAUACUUUCUCGCGUUUCGCGUCGAUUUCCCUGCUUUUUAAUUAAACUUGAAAAUAGCUAAUCGCUACCCUAAAAAGCCAAAGCCAAAAGAAGAAAAAAACACACCGCAAUUGCUAUAUCUACAUGACAUUACGAAUUACGCUUCAUAUAAGAUACGUUGUAUGCAUCUCACUAGAUAUAAAUAUCUCUACUUUAUUUCCUCACCAAAUGUGUCAACCAUCACAACGAUGUUUUGCAGUAGCCAUUAUUUUACAAAAUGCUCAUAUGUUGACUGUACCGCAUUCAAAUUAAAGUCACUCCGAUUUAAUUAACUGUUACCAUUUUUCUCUCAUAGCUUCAUUAUGGCCACAAAACACUAUGUGAUUGUGCAAUCGCAAUAAUGCUUCAAAAACGCUACUCCUUCAGAGCGUUAAAACAAUAUGGGGCGUUGUAACAAAACUGCUCUGUCCUCUCUUUGCGUUCUUGAAUUGUUUGGACUCAUAUUAUAAAAAUCACUCUUCAUGUCAAUUAUAAGACACUAUUUUUGUGGUUUGUAUGUUGUCAAAAGAAUUAGACGGCUUAGAACAUUAACGCCAGAUACUAGUUUUGUCUCAUAUAGCCCUUAACAACUGCUAUAUCUUUAAGUUAUAUGUAUAUACAUGACAAAAUAUAUGGGUGCAUAUAAUGAAUAAUCUUGCUCGUAUGUAUUUUAAGAGGGUAUAUACUAGUAACAUUGCAAUCCAGUAUCACGUUAAAUGGUCGCCUUUUCAUAGAAUUAUAUCGAAAACGCCUCGCCCCAUAUUGUAAAUGUUCUAGGCAUUUUACGCAUACAGUUUUCUUUCUAUGUACCUUUAAAAUCUUUUCAAUUUUUUUUUUUUUCUAUUUACAACCCACCUUAUAAAAUUAUUAGUUAAUAAACUUUUAUACGAAUUAAUUGAACUAUUAUGUGUAAUUGAAAAAAAAAAUGGAUUUUACAAUUUAGACGUGUAAGAGAAAUGUUUUUUUGUAAACAUCAAUCACAAUAAUUUAUGAAAUGUCAAUGAAGGAGGGAAAAGCCUUAAAGAUGUAUUCCUGACACGUUCAUAGUAUUAAUAUUUAAAUAAAAAUGCUAUUUAUAGUAUUAUAAUGUAAUUACGUUACCUACAUCACACAGUAAUAUUUCUAACUUUAUACUUUUACAAUUUUUGCAUUACAUCACAAUAAUAUUUAAGAAUGCUGUAUUAUAUUAUUAAACGAGACUUUUACACUUUUAUGUUUUAAUAAAUAUUAAUGCAGCCUGUAACUUAGAUAAUAUUAUAUUGUUUCAGGGAUUUGCUUGUUAAGCCUGUUAAUUUAAGCAAUAUCGCUGUAAACUUAGCUUAUACUUCAUUAUGAAUCUCACAUUCCGUCCAAGUUAUGUUAUUUAGCUAUAAAUUAUAUUGUGUCGAUAUUAUUCAAUAUAUUAUUAUACAUUAUGUA